ACAUGGGCCUUGGGGCCAGUAAAAGAAGUAUUGCAAAAGCAUUGUAAUCGUAAAAUUUUAUAACAUUUAUAUACAACUUUUUUUAACACAACCAUGCAAAUACAUUCUAGAGGUGUUAAAGUAUAUGUAUAAAAGUGAGUGAAGAAUUUUUUUUUAUAUUUGUAAAAGAAACAAAACAAAAAUUCCAUUUCAAAAGUGUGAUCCAACAUGAUAUAAUUUAUACAACAUGUAUUUUCAAGGGAUGUCCUAAAAGGGUCCUUUUAAGAAUGUUUCCAGGAUACUACUCAGAUAAAGUGUGUUAUACGGGAACAUUUUAUCUAUGAUCGUGUUUACUCAAUCUUCCCUCUCUUUACAUCCUUUUUUUACUGCUUUCAUUCCUUAUCAGUUUGAUAUUACUUUCAGUUUGGUAGCGAGUCAGGAGAUAAUUGUUAGAAUGGCAGGUGCUAUAUACAUGAUAGGACUUCUGCUGCUGGGAGGAGCAGCAGCUUGGACUGUAGAUAUUGUACAAGAUAUAACGGUACACAUGAAUGAAAUAAUAUUAGUCCCAUUUGUCGUACAUAGGGAUGCCAAUUUGUCCCAUCCACACAUAUGGUUUACAACUGCAGAUCGAAAUAUUGCAUCAUCAAAUUUAAAAAUAACAAUGGCAAAUAAAACUUCUAUCAAUGGUAUUUUAAAUAUCACUGGCAUAUUCCUCGGUAGGACGAAAUUAAUGUUUACUACAACGGAAGUAGGGAUGGAAGACACACAGGAAGUGUCUCUUAUAACCGUAAUACGAGAAGAACGCACGAUAGACACUAUAUUUACUGCCAGUGUAGCAAUACUCGUGUCUAUUUUGUAUAUCAAUUUUGGUUGCGCCAUGGAUUGGAAAGUAUGCCGCGAUACGUUAAAAAAGCCAAUAGGACCAGCCAUAGGUUUCUUCUGUCAGUUUUUGAUUAUGCCAUUGUUAAGUUUUCUCAUUGGAUAUCUUUUAUUUUCUGAUCGUCCUGAACUGCAAAUAGGCAUGUUCUUCACAGGAAUAAGUCCAAGCGGUGGCGCUUCCAAUAUGUGGACAUUACUACUUGAUGGCAAUCUGAAUCUUUCAAUCACAAUGACCACUAUAUGUACCAUUGCUGCAUUUGGAAUGAUGCCAUUUUGGAUUUUUACAUUGGGUAGAUAUAUUUUCGCACAGGGAGAAAUCGUAGUUCCCUACCGCCAUAUCGGCACUUUCGUAGUUGGUCUCAUAAUUCCACUGGCCAUAGGAUUCUUCAUUCAAAGAAAGCUUCCAAGGGUGUCAAGGAUAUUAGUCCGAAUAAUGAAACCAUGCUCUGUGAUCUUAAUUGUAUUCAUCAUUAUAUUUGCUAUCACCACUAAUCUGUAUAUGUUCAAACUAUUUUCGUGGGAGAUCAUAAUCGCAGGAAUGGGCUUACCUUGGUUGGGCUUUACAUUUGGAUUUAUAAUAGCAUAUAUCUGUAAGCAGCCUCAAGCUGACAUACGAGCGAUUGCCAUUGAAACUGGUAUUCAAAAUACAGGCGUGGCUAUCUUUUUAUUACGAUUUACAUUGAAGCCACCUGCUAAUGACUUAACUACUGUGGUUCCUGUAUCCGCCGCUAUGAUGACACCAGUACCAUUAGCAAUUCUAUUUAUAAUAAAAUUGUUUUAUCAAUAUAAAAAGAAAACAAAAGCGGAAAUGACACUAGAUUCUGUUCCAUCAUUAGAAAAGCUCCAACAAACUACUGAUAUUUCUACAAUCACGCAAUUAAAUGAUUCUAGAUUGAUUGCUCAUGCAGAUUAACUACUUAUAUUUGUAUCAAUAAUUUAUAAAGAAAAAGUCUACAUUUUUUAUAUUUUAUAUAUUAAAUGUUAAAAAUGUCCUUUUAAUGAAAGUAGGAUGGAUGUAGAUAUAUUGAUCAUAUGUUUAUAUAUGUUAUAUAGUAACAUGACAUCUAUGUCUACCGAACAAUUGUUUGAGAUAUAUUUUUUACAUCAAUAACACUUAACACAAUUUGAUUUAUUCGAAAAUAUACAUAAAUGUAUAGCAAGAAAUAAUUAUUGCUUAGCAACAAGACAAAAUUUUUUAAAAUAUUUUGUAAAUAUAAAAAUCUCAAUUGCAUUUAUAUAUUUUAUUUUUAAAUAUAAAAAAUUAAAGAAUUGUACUUUUCUAAGUUUGUUUUUUAUUAUUACAUCUCGAAAACUUCAAUUCUUUUUAGUACAUAAGACUUUGUUUUUUAAUUGUAAAUAUUUAAAUAUUCAUUACAUAAAUAUUCAAAUUACAAAGGUAAUUUUUGUUCUUUAUAUAAAUAUUAAAAUAUUUAUAAUUAAAGUAAGAAAAACAAAAUUUUAAUGAAAAUGUUUUAAAUUGUAAUGUCUAAAUAUUCACAUAUUUUAAACAAGUGUUUAAAUAUUCAGAAUUACAAAAUCAUGAAUAACAAAGUUUUGACGGAGGUUUUAUAUUUUAAUUAUAAAUGUUUAAAUACAUAAAAUAACUUAUGUAAAAAGUACCUAAAGCAGUAAAUAUUUAAACAUUUAGAAAUUGAAAAAUAGUUUUAAUCGCUAAUUUCACUAUUCUUUAAUUUUGUUUUAAUUUAUCACCUAAAAUCACUCUUGAAAUUUUCUACAUUGUCUAAUAUAAACAAUGUUGAAAGUUCAAUAUUCAACACGUUAAACAUCACCAAAUAUCAACAGAAAGAGAAAGAAAACUUUAGAAAAUGGUAUUUAUUUUCGUCUACAUCCUUUCAAAAGUUUGCACCCAUUGCUAUUAGCGCCAUCCAACUGUAAAUUGAAUACAGCAACUUUUGUUGGACAACGCACGUGACAAAUUGAAAAUCUCUUGCUAAUAUAACCAAAUCAAUACGCGUAAUUAUUAAUUCAAUGUGUAUUGUAUAAACAAAAUUUUUAUUCUAACGAAAUUAGAACUUUCUCUCUCUAAGAAAUUUUGCCACACAACAUAAUCAUGAUACGUUUAAUCAUUUAAUAACUGCAAAGAAGAUUCCUCUCUGAUAACUACGAGAUGAAAAUAAUGCUCUGCGUCACCACAAUUUUACCAUCAUAUCGAUUAAUUACUUCCAAAGUCCCGAGAAUACGAUAACUUGAUUUCUCUCUCUUUCUUUCUUUCUCAAUUCAUCUUAUUAUUCUCUACAAAUCGAGAAUACAUUGUGGACGGAUUAAUUUCUUGAAUCUGUUAGGAGAAUUACUUUUGUCGAACAAUAUAAACACACUCGUCCUUUCAACUCCGCCAUUAUAUACUAGUGAUGUAGUGAUCGUACUGAACGUCGUGACUGAACGCGUUGAAGUUGGCUACCCUGCACUCGCAUGUCAUUGGCCGUCGCCGCCCGUUCUUGCCGCUAACUUCAGCGUGCGUAAGUUCAGUUUACAGUACUGAAUUGAACUGCUGAGGCUCGAUUGUCGGAGUCCGUGGAGGUGCGGAACGAGUGAGUGAUUAUUUAGACUUUUGCGGUUUCGCAUUGGUCAAGGAUGCGAUUUGGUCGUGUCGACCGACGACACGCAGUUCGGUAAUCGCGAUAGGACAUCUCUCCUCGGUGCACAAUUGUGACACGGGCAUUCUCGCAAACGGGAACGACAGAAAGAGAAAAAAA